UCUUUUAAUGGGCUUUUAAUUGGGCCGACGCCUUUUAAGUAGAGGCCUUGUCAAAAGACAAAAGUCAACGAGCCGCCAUUGAACUGAAUCUCAGGUACCUUGGAUUUUGUCAAAUCGGAGACUGAAACUGCCUUGCGAAUGGGUGGAGGAGGUAUAACAUACAAGGGGGUCACCGUACAAACUCCCAAGACGUGGCACACCGUCGCCGGAAAGGGCUUGUGCGGUGUAAUGUGGUUUUGGAUUCUGUACAGAGCAAAGCAAGAUGGUCCUGUAGUCAUGGGAUGGAGGCACCCGUGGGAUGGUCAUGGUGAUCAUCAAUAGGUCUCGUUGAGCCUUUGAAGAUCAUGGCGAAAAAUGAAUAUUUUGCUUUUUUCAGCUUCGUAUGUCGAAAUAAAGAGAAUUGUGAAAGAAGACGUGAAUUGUUUUUGUACACAAGUUUCUAAGACAUGCUGCUUAUGUUCUAAGUUGCUACUUGGAUUGCACUUCAUUGAUGUUGUUUUGCUGUCUACAAAUGAAUUUGAAAUAAAACCGGUCGCGAGAUUCAUGUUA